AUGUACGUCCAACUGCGUGGCGGAGAGUGCGCACAGGCUGACGGGAUGUACAACAGAGAUGGGUUUUCGUCAUGGACGUGAGGCUCGCUUUCCCUUCCCUCGCGCACAGGUCGAGAGCGCGCGCCACAUCCCAGAACUGAUAUCUCCCAUGUCAGCGUGCGUCCAGGACUCUUCCUCUGCAGGGGCAGCGAUGUCACGGUACUCAUUUCUGAGAGCCUUUCUGGGCGCACCAGAGCGGGACAUAAAUGGGAAAACCAAGUGGAAUUUGUGAACUGUUAAAGUCCACUGCCGCAUCCUUCCCACUGCGCUGGGAAGCUCAGUUUUGCACCACUGCCUGCGAUGAAACUUUCUACAAAAGGGGAUGUUAUUCUCAAGCAUAUGACGUUGCUUAAAUUCGAAUGAACGUAUAUUUACACUGCUGGAGAUGAAGACAGAUCGACGAAGUGUGAACUUCUUCCUGUGGCUAUCAGCCUUUAACUUUUUCUUGUGCUGGACUUCAGUUGACGCACAGAUGGGAUUUGAUGGCCCUCUCUCUGCACAGGAGCAGAUGUACAUCCUUUAUGAAAUCAAACUGCAGUGCCACCAGAACCUCUCCAACAUUGACCCAGCCUCCACAGAUGAGGUGUGCCCUCCAGACUGGGACGGUCUUAUUUGUUGGCCCCAUGGCUCCCCUGGGCAGGUUACCAAGGUUCCCUGCCCAUCUUACAUCUAUGACUUCAAUCACAAAGGACAUGCUUACAGGAAGUGUGAUGUCAAUGGUUCCUGGGUGUUUGUGGACCGCUGGAACAAAACAUGGACUAACUACACAGAGUGUCUCCACUUCCUACUGCCCACCAAUGAGGAAGGGAGACAAGACUUCUUUGAGCGACUGUAUGUCAUGUAUACCAUUGGGUACGCGGUGUCCUUCAGCUUUCUGCUGGUAGCCAUUUUCAUCAUUGGAUCCUUCAGGCGUCUUCACUGCACUAGAAACUACAUCCACAUGCACCUGUUUCUGUCCUUCAUGUUACGAGCAGUCAGCAUCUUUGUGAAGGACAAAGUUGUCCAUUCCAGUGCUGGAUUGCAGGACUUUGAUUCUGCCCUUUUGGACAACUUAAAGACAGUUAGCAUGGCACCACUGGACACGUCUCAGUAUAUUGGCUGCAAGGUGACAGUGCUGCUUUUCAUCUAUUUUCUGGCCACCAACUACUACUGGAUCCUGGUAGAAGGCCUGUACCUACACAGUCUCAUCUUUAUGGCCUUUCGAUCAGACUCCAAAUACCUCUGGGGCUUUACCCUCAUCGGAUGGGGUGUUCCAGCGAUUUUUGUGGUGCUGUGGGCAAUUGUCAGGGCAACACUAGCAGAUGCAAGAUGUUGGGAGUUAAGUGCUGGUAACUUUAAGUGGAUCUACCAGGUUCCCAUCCUGACAGCCAUUGGGCUCAACUUCGUCUUGUUUGUGAACAUUGUCCGAGUGUUGGCCACUAAAAUCCGAGAGACAAACGCAGGGAGAUACGACACCAGGAAACAGUACAGGAAACUGGCGAAAUCCACCCUUGUGUUAGUGCUGGUGUUUGGCAUCCACUACAUAAUCUUUGUUGCGAUGCCGCUUACAUUUCAGGGGCCGAGCUGGGAGGUCCGCAUGUACUGUGAGCUGUUCUUCAACUCCUUCCAGGGCUUCUUUGUGUCCAUUAUCUAUUGCUACUGCAACGGAGAGGUCCAGGCAGAGAUAAAGAAAACAUGGACACGCUGGAACCUGGCCUUUGAGUGGGAGGGCCCGGUGGUCUGCGGCCGCUACCACUACGGCUCCGUUGUCGUCGGCAUCAACAACAACAACAGCACCAGCAGCCAGCCCCACCUGGCAGGGGCUGACCAUUCUACACGCUCCACCACACUUGUUUCAAGCCAUGUUUACCGGAGCAUAGAUCCCCCUGUGGUCAGCAUGCACGCCACCCUCCCAGGAUACGUGAGGAGUAACUCAGACCCGUCCAUACCUGAAGAACCUGAAGACAGCGGCCCCAAGCAGGUGGACGAUAUCUCGCUGAAGGAAAACCUGCCGGUUCUUAGUACCAGCGCAACAGCUGACAAGGAGGAAACACUGUAGCGGUAGUCUUCAACAAGUCAAAACAUGCAGCAGAGAGAGACGCUCUAGUGGUUUGUGGAACCCAUUACUCUUUCUUUUCAAUUAAACUCUAAAGAGGGUAUCAAAGGCAAACAAAACAUUUACAGUACAAGAAAUGUCUAGAACCCCUUUAUAAAAAAAGAACUUAAAGGACAUGGUUAAAAAAAAAGACGACUGAUUUGACACAGACCAUGAACCUAAAAGCAAAUGUUUAUGUCUGUUGAAUUCCACAGCUACACUUUUCACUCGCUGUGACAACAUUUUUUAGCUUUCAUGUUGGAUGUUGUUGAUACAUUUGUAGGAAUGUGGAAAAAGGAUAAAAUGCAACUUGUUCAAUUAACAAAACAAAUCUAAUAUGAUGUGCCAAUUUUGGUACUUUGAGGGAGCUUGGAUGCUACACUGGCCCUCUCUAUGAAGGCAACAAUGGUUUACAACCUUGAGAAGCUCUCGGGGGGUGCUAAGCCAUGGUGCUCGCUGUUGUCAAUAAUUAUCUGACUUUAUGGACAAUUAUGUCAGUGUUUCCAGUAAAGUCCACUUUUCCCGCUGUGACUUCCACAUCUUAGGAUAAUGAUAAGCCACAGUAGGUAAAAUGCGCUUAAGAAGAAACAUUUAAGAAAUAAACAAACAAAUUGUAUAAGCUGGGGAGAAACGGUUGAAAGUAAAAAAGGUACAUGUUUUGUUGUUUUUAACUAAAAAAAGUAGCAGCAGAAAGAAGUAGAAGAAAACUCUCCUGGAAGGUGUAGAUGUGAUGAACCUUUUGUUCUUGCCAACAACUGUUCACUAGAGGAGUGUAAUUUUCUUCACAUAUUAGGAAGCUACAUACAAAAUGUAAUUUACAGGCGUUUCUAUCCCUCUUGUCUUACUGAAAUAUGUAGAUUGAAGACACAAAAAGACAGAAAUAUGCUUAGUUUUUAAUCCGAUUUACUUUAUUAAGCCGCAGGUACGCCCGAUUUGCUUUAUAAGUUUCAAUCAUUGUGGAGCUGGGCGCACAUGCUUGUACUGUACCUCAUGUAGAAACGCCUUUAAAAACAUCUGUUUGCAUAUCGAUACUUGUGCCUGCUCCACCACUCAUUGGAAAUGUCACUGACUACGAUGCACAUAUUAUUCCAGGUUUUGCCCUUAUUACGAAAAGGACAAAUUCUGCCUAAGCUGUUUACAUUGCUAAUGAAAGUGAGUAUUCCACUAAUAUUCCCGUUUACAUGAAGCCAUGCAAAAUAAGAUUUUUUCACAGUUUACUUGCAGUGGUUCACAAUUUAUGAUGAAAGUUAAUGAUGAUUAAGGUAGAUGAUGCCUAAAUGUAAAUACAGUGACUGAUGGAAUUAACUCAUAAUUUCAAAUUAGGUUUAUAAAUAAACCUUUGAUAUUUUAGAGAUUGCUGUCUUACCUGCAAAAAUAACACAAUCAGUAAAAUUGGCAAACAAUCUGAAAACAAUGAUACCACUCUCUAAACCUACAGUAUGUUCAAUCUCAUAAUUCUACAAGCUGCAAUCUCAGACAAAACCAUCUUGGUCUGAAGUCUCCGUGAGGUGCUCACAUUCUCACCGCACAUUUUAAUAAAUUCUAGUUAGUUGAAAAAAGGCAUACAGUACGUAUGUUUUUUUUUUUUUUUUGUGGGUACGUAUUGUUUAAAUAUCUGUCCCAAUUUGAUUAUCUGUCAUGCAAGAGGUCCUUGUUAUGGACAAAUUCAGUGUCAUAGUGAACUGAUAGGGGUGGGAAUCACCAGAGGCCUCAGGAUACAAUAUCACGAUACUUACACGUCACAAUGUGAUAUAUUAUUGCGAUAGUAAACAUUUUGCAGUAUUCUGUGAUAUUGCAAUUGAUUACUUUUUUUCCAACUUCAAAUUUUCCCAAUUUCUAAAUGAUGUCCCCAAAAGGAAAUUUUGUCAACAUCUUAUAUCUAAAAAGAUGAAUUUCUCUGUUUGUUCAUCUCGAAAUGGGAGUGUCAAGCAGCCAAAAUUAAUUCAAACACAUAUUUAAUAAUAGAUCUAUACUUGUUUCGAUGCAGGGUUGCCACGGAAAAUAUCGCAAUACUAUGGUGUAUCCAUUUUCCCCCCACCCCUAUGAACAUAUGUGCUUGUUUGUACAGUCAGCCCAUUUUGUAAAGAGAAACGUGGAAUUGUAUUUGUUGGUUUUCCACCUCCAUGAUGAAUCUCCUGUUGUCUGUGGUUUGUA